AUGGGUGGACGUCUGUUCCACCACAAACAAGUUUGGAAAAAAUUGGGUCUUCCAAACUUUUGUCAAGAGGUCCUAAAUGGAUUAAAAGUCCAUCUACUUCCAAACUUCAAGCCGAUGCUAAACCCAAUUCCGAUUUCAAUUCCAGAGGGUCCGAAAUCAGAUUGCAUCACAAAGGAAACUUAUUCCGCUUCGUGUGGAAAGGUUCGCACUACCGUUGGUAAACAAUGCCGUUCGGGUUAUCGACAGCUCCUCGUAUCUUUACAAUGUUGUUACUUGGACGAUCUAUUAAUCGUCGGUUCAACAAAUGAAAAAUGUUUAGCCAACCUCAAAAAGACAAUGGACUUACUUGUCAAACUAGGUUUCAAGUUUAAGCUGGAAAAGAGUGUUCUCGAACCAACUCAAUCAAUUACAUUUCUUGGAUUACGAAUCGAUUCAAUAUCUAAGAAGCUUCUUGUUCCCAAAGAAAAGAAAAAAAGUGUCAUCAAGGAAAUAAGAAACUUUUUAAAACUAGAUUGUUGCUCCCCAAGAAAGCUUGCUGGUUUAAAAGGAAAGCUAAUGGCACUGAAAGAUGCAGUCAUCCCAUUCAGACUUUACACUCGUCGAACAAACAAUCUGUUUCCAAGUUACGACUAUGUUCUUACAGUGGUCAACAACUCAAUCAAACAUGUCAUUAAAUCGUCGAGAAAUGCUCGCGCUGUUAAUGGCUUAUCAAUCGCUAUGUCGGAAACUGAACAACUGCAAGCUGAAGAUUCAAACCGACAACACUACCACUCUUUCUUACAUCAAUCGCCAGGGUGGUCAGAUACAAGAUCUCUUAGUUCUGUUCGAACAACUUUGGAAACAAUGCCUCAAGAAGAAAGUGAACUUGAUUGGAGAGCCUAUUCCAGGAUUCUUCAAUGUAAAAGCCGACCACCUCGGCCGUCUUUCAGAAAUGAAUCACAAAUCAUCGUUCAUAGUAAUCAAGAGUUACAACUGGCAACUGAAGAAGGAAGUGUUCAAUCGUAUCCAACUUCAAUUCGGUCAAAUACAGAUGGAUCUGUUCGCAUCUCACCUCAACCAUCAAACGACCAACUACUCAACCAUCAGAAUGAAUGCACUCAACCUCGAUUGGAGUCAAUGGAAGCAAUGUCUAGCCUUCCCACCACCCAUUCUUUUGCCUUCUAUCGUGGAGAAGAUAAACUCAUCCAGUUCGAAGAAGGUUUCUACAAUACUGAUCUUCCCAAUCUGGAGAUCAGCAACUUGGUAUCUGAUGAUUCAAGCACAAGUUCCUCGUCAUCAUCGUCACAUGUUUCCUCAAGUACUGGGAACAUUCCAAGAAGUAUUGACCAAACAAUCAGUAGAGUCGAUACCAAUUCAGAUUCAACAACGUUGGAAGUUAAGGAUUAUUCAACUUUCCAAUAUCAUGUAAUGUCCUUCGCUCGUACAACAAAUACAAAAACAGCUGAAGUCUUGGGAACCUUCCAUUCUCAAACAAACAUUACCUUAGUUGUCUUCUUGGAUUAUCUUACACAUCUGUUCAAGCACAAACCUCCGUUAGCCUUCUCAACAAUUAACGGUCAUCGAUCUAUGUUGAAUCAGUUGUUACUCCUUAGGAAUCAAACUGAUAUUGUUAAUGAUCCAUUCAUUACAAGAAUUAUGACUGCACUUAUCUACCAUCAAAGUCAUCCACCAAGUACACAUACACUUAUCUACUAUCAAGGUCUCAUUAUUACUACUGAAUCAAUCAAAGGUCCGGUUAUUAAUGCUAAAGAACAAAGAAGUGGUGUUGUUUCAAUCUUAGAAUUAACUUCGUUAGAUGAUAAAAACUCUCAAGUAUGUCCUAAUGAGAGUGAACCGCUCCAAGUUAAUGAUAUUAACUCAAUUGUACUAUCAACACUCUCAAAGUCAGGUAUUGAUAUUGUCAAGUUCAAAUCUCACUCUACCCGUUCCGCUAUGGCUUCUCUACUGUUGUCCAAUAACGUUCCGUUCCACGUUGUCAAGAAGAUGGGUCGUUGGAAAUCAAACGAUACUGUAGAUACCUUCUAG